CUUAGGUGUGAGUUGCUCAUUAACAUUUUUUUUGUUUCCAAGGGUGGGAAAGGUGUCUGGUGGAGGGAGUCAUUAAGGUCACCUGGCAGGGGGUCUUCAUGAGGAAGUUGAGGUGUGAAUAGUCAUUAACAUUUCUUUUGUUUCCAAGGGUGGGAAAGGUUUGAGGUGUGAAUGGUCAUUAACAUUUCUUUUGUUUCCAAGGGUGGGAAAGGUUUGAGGUGUGAAUGGUCAUUAACAUAUCUUUUGUUUCCAAGGGUGGGAGAGGGUCUGAGGUGUGAAUUGGUCAUUACAAUGUGU